AUGCCGCAGGGCGAGCCAUUCUCCGUGCCACCAGAUUCACCCAUAUCGCCUGUGCAGACAGCCGCUUUUCGCGCAGAGUCUGUAUCGGCGACAGCGCGACCCAAAGCGCUGCUGUCCACACCUCAAAAGAGGCUCAACCACAUACUCUCUGAGCAGAAACGCCGCAAUGCCAUUCGGGACGGCUACCUGCAGCUCACCACGCUGCUGGCUCCGGCCGGAGCACCUCCAGGGAGCGGGAUGCCGACGCGAGGUCGGCCGAAGGGCAGUGGGACCCGGGGCAGAGGCACAAAGGGGAAGAGCGGAAUUUUGUUCAAGGCGAGAGAGUACAUCCGGUUUCUGGAGGAAGGAAAAGAUGCGCUGUUGGCCGAGGUUCUCAAGGUGGAGGCCGCUGCUGGUAUUCAACAUCCACAGCAAACGUGA